AUGGACUACGAGCCCAAGAAAAUCAAAAAGGGGUUUGUUUUACCCAUUAAGCGUCUGGUGUUUCCGAAGUCAGCGCGAAGGCAAGCAGACCGGGGCAGUUUGUAUCGCAGGCCUCUGCACACAGUCCCUCUCUUCCCACCAGACUUUCUCAUCCAUCCUGAGCGCCUCAUCUACGACUACGUAGAAAAAGAAGUGAAGUUCCUAGGUCAUCUGACAUGGGUGUCUUGCUCACUGAACCCCUCUAGCAGAGAUGAACUGCUGCAGCUUCUUGACACUGCCAGGAAGCUGAAGGUUUUGCCUCUGCAGACGACCGCAGAGCAGGACUGCAUCCUCAGUCUGUCUGCACGCUGUCUGCUUCUUACAUGGAGGGACAAUGAGAAACUGCUGCUGCGAAUUCCAACACAUGAGAUAGCUGCUGCCUCCUACCUGCGGGAUGAUGCACUGCACUUACUGGUUCUCAAAACAGGUCUAAAUGUGGACACAGUUGUAGCAGUGGAUAGUCUAGAGAAAAGACCUACAGGUCUAGAGGGACGCAGACAGACCAUGAGCAAUGCAGACCCACGGCCAGCAGGGGGCACGAUGGAGAGGCGCCAUACCAUCUGUGGAGUGGACUGGAAACCCUCAUGCCGCCACGAGUCCAAGCAGAAUAGCACCGGCACUGGUGGCGUGGGGCCUGCCGGUGGCGGAGGAGUCAGCGGAGGUGGCGGCAGCCUAGAACGGAGGCAGGUCGGGGGCAGCUGGGAACGGCGUCAAACCCGGAGACCGUGUGGAGGGAGCUGGGAAAAGAGACCCAUAAGUGGAAGCUGGGAGAGGCGGCCGGUGGGAGGCAGCUGGGAGCGCCGAGGUGGAGGAGUCAUCGGGGGCAGCUGGGAGAAGAGACAUGGGCCUGGGGGAAAAGCAGGGGGAAGCUGGGAAAGGAAGCAUGGGCAGGGCGGCAGCUGGGAGCGCAGACAGGCCUUUACGGGAAGCUGGGAGAGGCGCAAAGCUUUUGGCAGUUGGGAGAGGAGAAGCCAUAACCCACUGGAACCUAUACCCUGUCCUGAUGCCUACUGCAACUUGGUUGUGCUGGCUGUGGAGAAUAAGGAUGCUGCAGAAGAGUACUGUGCCCUCAUCUGUCAGAUGUUUCAGAUCAUCUAUGGACACCAGACUAUUGAAUGUGUGGACAGGGCAGGAUAUCACCACGCCAUGCCUGACCGCAAUUGGUUAGAGAGAAGUGACAGCUGUCUGACAGAUAUGACUUAUGGCUAUGACACAGAUUACAGCUACUGCAGCUCAUAUGAUGGUUCUCAGGAUCCAUUUGAACCAUAUUACAGUGAGAACUACAGUGAGAAUUCAUCUCUCUCAUAUCAGGACUCCAAUCGCAGCCUGGCCUCCAUACACAGUGACUCUGAACCCAGUAAUGCAAACUUGAAGCUAAUGCAAGGCUACAUGAUGACGUUACGCAGUAAGCUGACUCCUCAGGAGAUUCAGCAGUUUGCUGUGUUGCUGAGGGAGUACCGUGUGGGCGCUCCCAUAGACCAGUUUUGCUUUGACCUUUUCAACCUUUACGGAGACUCGCGCAAAUUCCUCCUGCUCAGUAUGCGCCCCUUUAUCCCCGACCACGACGUGGGAUCGUUUGAAUCGUUCCUGGAGAGCAUCGGUAUUCGGGAGGGUGGAAUUUUGACAGAUAGCUUUGGUCGGAUCAAGCGGAGUAUGAGUAGCACAUCAGCCACAGCUGUGAGAGGAUAUGAAGGAUCGCAGGACUUCAAUCGCAGGAUGAGCGAUAUUGCACAUGACAUCGAGGCUCUCGGGUUCGAGGAGGGAGAUGGCAACAUCGAGGAGGAGGACUAUUACCUUUAAAGGAUGUUUAAAUCUGGACAGAUAUCAGAUUUAUUCCAUAUGUUUAGUCGAAUAUAGUCAAAUUUCAGUUCUUUUAAGUUACAGCAAACUGGUUAAAAUACAAUAAAAAAAUUCU